GAGAGCAUCCUCCGCUGUCAUCGCCGUGGAGACGGGCGGAUGCUGCUUUCCCUGCAGGAGCAGAAGUGCAACGUCCAGGCAGGCAUCCGGGAGGUGUGGAGAAGACGAGGAGAGGCCGCCUGUCCCCCCUCCCCUCAGCCCGGCCGGGGGCUUUUUUUAAUCUGCAGCAUCCCUCACCAUGGAGCUCUGGAGUAAAGAAGUGUGGGGAAUUGUCGCGCGGGUCACCCUGAUACUGCUCAGCUGGAGCGGGGCGGCGGGAGCAGAGGCGUGCCGCCGCCCGCUGGUCUCCGCUCUGCCGCCGGCGGCCUUCAGCAGCUCCUCCCGGGCGUCGGGCAGCCAGGGGCCGGCCUUCGCCAAGCUCAACCGCAGAGAAGGAGCUGGAGGUUGGUCUCCUCUGAGCUCAGACCCAUAUCAGUGGCUGGAGGUGGACCUGGGCGCGCGGACACGCCUCACCGCUGUUGCUACGCAGGGUCGCUACGGCAGCUCCGAUUGGCUGACGUCCUACCAGCUGAUGUUCAGCGACUCGGGACACAACUGGAAACAGUAUCGGCAGGAGGACAGUAUAGGGGCUCUUCCAGGUAACACCAACGCGGACAGCGUGGUCCAGCACAAGCUGCAGCGUCCCGUGAUCGCACGCCACGUGCGCCUCCUCCCCCUGGACUGGAACCCCCACGGCCGGAUCGGACUCAGGCUGGAGGCCUACGGGUGUUCCUACGACUCUCACGUGGUGAGCCUGGACGGACGCAGCAGCCUCCUCUUCAGGCUGGGUCGGGGGCCGAGGCGCCCCCCCGAGGGCAGCCCCCCCGAGGGCAGCCUCUCUCUGGCCUUUAAGACCCUGAGGAACUCCGGGGUGCUGCUCCAGGCCGAGGGCCGCGGCGAGCACAGCCUGGUCCUGCAGCUGCAGGAGGGAAAGCUGCUGCUGCUCCUCCGAGAAGGCCGGACGCCGUCGCCUGGCGGGCGGCGCCUGGUGUCCGCGGGCAGCCUGCUGGACGACCAGCAGUGGCACCGCGUCUCCGUGGAGCUCCGGGGGGGGGGCCUCAACCUCACGGUGGACAGCAGCUCGCUGCGGGUGCAGCUCCCACCGAGGCUCACCCACUGGGACCACGAGCAGGUGAGCGUGGGAGCGGGCCGCGGCCUCGGCUCUCGCAGGUCGGUCGGGGGGAGCGGGCAUUUCCACGGCUGUUUGGAGAACCUGGUCCACGACGGGGUGGACCUGGUGCAGCUGGCUGAGACCAGAGACCGGCGGGUCACUGCGCAGGGCGACGUGACCUUUUCCUGUGCCGAGCCCGCCUCUGUUGCCGUGACGUUCACCAGCGCCCAGAGCUUCCUGCGGUUGCCCCUGGCGACGGAAGCGCCGUCGAGGGGCGCGUCGGCGGGGCUUCACUUCCGGACUUGGAACGAGGCGGGGCUUCUGCUGACCUUCGACCUCCCGGAGCAAGAGGGUGCGGCUUGGUUGUACCUGAGCGGAGCCAGACUCCACCUGCACAUCCACAAGGCUGGCAGGGCGCCGCUGGAGCUCAGCGCCGGCUCCGCCCUCAACGACGGUCAGUGGCACUCCGUGGAGCUGGUCUCCAGGCGAGGACACCUGUCCGUCUCCGUGGACGGAGGCGAGGGAGCCACAGCUCACGCCAGUCCUCCGUUCCUCGUCACCAUGGGGGGGCAGCUGUUCUUCGGUGGUUGCCCCGCUGAAGAGAGCCGCCACGACUGCAUGAACCCCUCCAAGGGUUUCCAGGGCUGCAUGCGCCUGCUGACCGUGCACAACCAGCCGGUGGACCUGAUCCCGGUGCAGCAGAGGCUGAUGGGAAACUACAGUCACCUCCAGAUCGACAUGUGUGGCAUCUUGGACAGGUGUUCUCAGAGCCACUGUGAGCACAGAGGCAGCUGCAGUCAGUCAUGGAGCACCUUCCACUGCAACUGCUCCGGCACCGGCUACAGCGGAGCCACCUGCCACAGCUCGAUAUACGAGCAGUCCUGUGAGGCGUACAAGCACCGGGGCAACACCUCAGGCCAUUAUUACAUCGACGUGGACGGCAGCGGCCCCAUCGGAGCGCAGCUGAUGUACUGCAACAUGACAGAGGACCACACCUGGAUGGUGAUCCAGCACAACAACACGGCCCUUACGGGGGUCCGGCCGGCGCCGGGGGGGGGGCGUCACUCCGCCCACUUCGAGUACGCGUCCGAGGAGGAGCAGCUGGCGGCCGUCAUCGGCCAAUCGGAGCACUGCGAGCAGGAACUGAGCUACCACUGCAGGAGGUCCCGCCUCCUCAACACGCCGGACGGCCCUCUGCUCAGCUGGUGGGUGGGGGGUCCCGGUGACGGACAGGUGCAGACUUAUUGGGGCGGAGCUCCGCCGGGCAGCCAGCAGUGUUCCUGUGGCCUGGGGGAGAACUGCGUGGACCCCCGACACUCCUGCAACUGUGACGCCGGCCGCGGCGAAUGGGUCAAUGACUCAGGCCUGCUGACCCACAAGGAGACCCUCCCCGUCAGGUCUCUGGUGCUGGGGGACGUCCAGAGGCCCGGCUCAGAGGGCGCCUACAGGGUCGGGCCUCUCCGUUGUCAUGGAGACAAAAACAUGUGGAACGCUGCAUAUUUCGAGCAGGAGACGUCUUACCUCCACUUUCCCACGUUCCACGGCGAGCUGAGCGCCGACAUCUCCUUCCUGUUUAAGACGUCUUCUUCCUCCGGCGUCUUCCUGGAAAACCUGGGCAUCAAAGACUUCAUUCGGAUCGAGCUCUGCUCUUCCACCGAGGUCCUCUUCUCCUUCGACGUGGGCAACGGGCCGACGGAGGUCGCCAUGACGGCCGUCUCCCCGCUGGACGACGACAGGUGGCACCGCGUGCGCGCCGAGCGCAACGUCAAGGAGGCGUCGCUCCGCGUGGACGAGCACCCCGCCGCCGCGAGGGAGGCCCCCGCCGCCGGGCACAUCCACCUGCAGCUCAACAGCCAGCUGUUCGUAGGCGGCACGGCGUCCAGGCAGAGGGGCUUCCGGGGCUGCAUGCGCUCCCUGCAGCUGAACGGCGUCACGCUGGACCUGGAGGGCCGGGCCAGGGUGACGCCCGGCGUGCAGGCCGGCUGCCCGGGCCACUGCAGCAGCUACGGCUCGCUCUGCCAGAACCGGGGCCGCUGCGUGGAGAGAAGCAGCAGCUUCGCCUGCGACUGCAGCUGGUCCGCUCACACCGGGGCUUUCUGCGACCGAGAGGUUUCAGCCAGCUUCAAGUCGGAGACAUCCGUCAGCUACGCCUUCAACGAGCCGAACCGGAGCAGCGGCGGCUCUCCGUCCUCCUCUGUCUCCUCCGACCUGGACCUGAGGGCGGAGAAUCUCUCCCUGAGCUUCAGGAGCCUCCAGAGUCCAGCCCUGCUCCUCUUCGUGGGCUCCUCCCGCAGAGAGUACCUGGCUCUGCUGCUCAACCAGCACGACAUGCUGGAGGUGAGAUACCGUCUGGACAGCAGCAGAGCCGCUGACAUCCUGAGAAGCAAAGUGACGAACCUCGCCGAUGGACGGCUCCACGCCGUCGUGGUCAGCAGGAGGGCCGCCGCCGCCUCGGUGCAGAUUGACCAGAACACCAAAGAGGACUUCAACCUGACGUCCGAUGUAGAAUUCAACUCCGUCCGGUCGCUGGUUCUCGGCAGGGUUCACGACUCGGCCGAGUUGGACCCGGAGCUGUCCCGGCUGGCCUCUCGGGGCUUCACCGGCUGUCUGUCCGGCGUCCUCUUUAACUCCGUCAGCCCUCUGAAGGCUGCCCUGCUCCACCCGGACACCAGCCCCGUGGUGGUCACCGGCCCACUGGUCCAGUCCAUUUGUGGCUCCACCUCCGCCGAUCCCCACGCAGCGGGAACCAGACACCACCUGUCAGGCCAGUCCGGAUCCGUGGGAACAGGUCAGCCUGUGGUGAAUGCCAUCAGGAGGGACUCGGCUCUGAUUGGAGGCGUGAUAGCGGUGGCGAUCUUCGUGACCGUGGCGGCGUUGGCCGUGGCGGCGCGGGUCCUCUACCGGGGGAAAGGCACGUGUCGGGGGCAGGAGGGGAAGACGCCCCCGAAGCCCGACGACAACGGCGGCCGCAGCUGCUCGCGCGGCGGCCCGAGCGAGAACCAGAAGGAGUAUUUUAUUUAGGAGGUUUGGACUCGGACGGAGACGGAGACGCCAAAAAGCAGACUCUACUCAAACUGAGGCCGAGCAGAGAGAGCCAGAAGUCGUGUUCUCCUCUGGUCUCGUGUCCUGUGGUUUGCAGAGACUGGACGAGGACGCGGUUUGUAAUACGUCUGCCUGCAGGAGAGCAACCGUAAAUAUUUAAAGACGUAUUUCCGUAUAUUGGACUUUAAACCGGUCCUUUCCUCAGGCACGUUGGAGCGAUCAAAUGACGAACUGUGUUUUUCUACAGUGGGUUUUGUUGGUAUGAAAGUUAAAAACAGGUGAGGGCAUUUAAAUACAUUUUUCCAAUCUGGAUAAUGAGUGUUUGGUGUUUUGAGUGAUUUACUCUAUUUAAGUGGUUGUUUGUUGUUGUUGUUGUUUUUUUUCUAAUUUCAAUUUUUUUGCACCUGUUCCAUUCCGUAGAAAGCACAAAGCGAGGCACAACUCUUAUUUAUUUUCCUCUGCUUCAUUUUUUCUUUCACUUUCCUGCCUCCAGCUCUCGAUGUUGUUCUGAACAGUAAAAGUAUUGAGUAGGACCCGUUUGCUGUGGACUCUCUGUUCAAUACAACAAAAACAUCCCAUGUGUCUUAUAACUAAUACAGAACAAAUCAUUUCAUAAGUUUGGAAAACUCGUGUGUUAUGUUCCCCCCAUCUGCAGUUCCAUUUAUCAAUCUAAUCAGAUGCAUGCUGGGAAAAAUAAGACUGAACAUUAAACGCUGUGACAUGAUGAGCUGCAGCUUGCUGGUCCAGAAUGGUUUAGAAACCUCAACGUCCGAAUCCAUCAUUUCUCUAUUGACACACGUUUACAUCAUUUAAGCUUCCCACGGUCCCUCCUUCACAACGUGACAUUUCGAAAGGCUGUUGACAUGAAUCUGUGUGUGAGCGUGCGGAUGCGUCAGGCUUUAUCACACACACAGACACACACACACUCAUCCAGACGAGUGUGGCUUCAUUAAAGCGCAGACAUUCUGGCCAAAGAAGAUGUAGAAGUGGACACUGGAGGAACCGAAUGCCCACACUUGACUUUGCCAAAAAAGUUUCACAAAGUCAAACGCAGCAGCCAGACUCCUGAUAUAAACAUUUAAUGAAGAUGCUCUGAACAGAGGAGGAGAUCUGCUGUGAUGUCGUUAUGUGGGCCGGAUAAUUAACAGCCGCCUGCUAUCAGAUCAGAGACCCCAGCGGCUCCAUCGGAAACCCGCUGGUCAUAAACGGACCUCAAGUCGAUUUUGAAAAGACUGCAUGUUAGUGGAUUUUAGUUGGAAACAUAAUGAGUCACUUUUUUAUGAGAUAGAAUUUGAACCAUUGUAGGAGGUUACAUUGACCAGUCUAUAGGGCUUUAAGUUGGGCUCUGAAGUGACUCAAUCUACAAAAGGAUCACUCGCCAUAUUGUUCAAUUAAAUUGAUGUUGGAGCUGACAAGUUUCGCUCCUCAUGUGUUAUUGUAAUCAUUAAUAUGAAUUAAUCAUUUUCAUAUUUAUUAAUGUUAAAGUGUUUGGAAUUCAAAUUACAACAUGUUAAACAAACCGAUGUGUGGCUGAUUAACUCACUUCCUGCCAGUAACACAUGGGGUUCAGAUUCACAGAUUGCAACGACUCGCCGUGCACAUCCACAGCUGAGCAUCUGUUUCUGUCCUCAGCAGAGGUCGGGGUGGAUUGAAAUGUGACCGCAGCUCCUGCAUCUAAGAUGUUUGUCUUGGCUCACUUUCAAGCUCACUUAAUUCAGCCCGUGAAUGAACAACAAACUGCUGAGGAUUAAUCUCCAAAAUGCUGCCGGUCUGUUGGGAAUAUUUAUGAGAUUAAUGCGGUUUCACUCGCAUUAGGUGCUUAGCUGCAUAUAACUCCUAAAUAUAGACAACAGUGGGAAUAAUGACGAUGAAUAAACCCACCCAGAGGAUGUUGGGCUAAUCUGUUGUGCCAUGAUUACCAUUCUAGAGGAGAGUCUCACAUCACAGAAGAUGAGAAGGAGUUCAUGGCUUUGUGUUUGAAAGGUUUGUGUUCAUCCAGAGCCUUUCAUCACGGAGCACUUCAAAAUAUUAGUUUCUAUCAUCAUUUCUUUUGUCUCUCUGCAGCAGACCUUUUUUAUUCUAAUCUUGCUUUAAUUAUUAUUAUUCUGGCUAACAAAGGCCCUAAUGAAAUGGGCUUUAGCUACUCAUCUCACCUGUCUUAGCUGACACACCUGACUUCCAUUACUUGAUUAUCUCAAACCUUUAAAUACACCUCUUUGUGUAUUUAAAGUGGCCGUGAUGAGGGAGUUAGAGUGAAGGUCAGCCUCUCGGCUCAGAUGCAUCUGAUGAGACUUUAAAAUUAAGACUUCUGAUGGGGUUGCUGAUCUAAACAAGAGAAUGUGGGACAAGAUACAUUACUACAAUGCUGAUUUGAAUCUGCUCCAAGAAGUCAUGGUUUACUUUGUGGGGGAUUUGGGCAAAACAUGAAACCUUAUAUUAACCAUAAUAUGUCAUGGGAAAAAAGUAAAAAUAUAUUAGAUCAAAAAAGUUGAAGGAAAAACGUUAAGAAAUAUAAGGUAAAAAUAUUUUGAAAGAGAAGUUUAAAAAUAUCAAGUGUCCGGGCAGUGGAGGCAGUGAUGGAUCACCGUUUUCCAGACGCUUGAACUCGGACAGCGAGAUAUUUCAGCUAAUCGGGAAAAGAAGUCCUACACCUCGGAGCAGAAAGUUUUCCAGCGUGUGAUUCUCUGAUGUGGACGCCAUCAUCCUGUGGGACAAAGGAAAUUGAAAAAAAGUCAAAUACUAUUAAGUUGGAAAAUAUUUUAGAAAAAAAAGGACAAAUGUUAAUUAAAAAUAAAAAGUAAAAAAAUAAUAGAAAAUAGAAAAAAAGUCAACUAUGUUUUGAAAAAAAAAAUUAAAGGUAAGUAAAA